AUGAUUUUUUCAUUCACCUCACUAGGUGGUUGUUGCGAAAACUCAGUUGUCAAAGGUCGUGGUCCUAAUAUGUUUCAGAUUCAAGGAGAGAAUUAUCAUCUACUUGGUAGUUUGAAGCCUACCGAUGGUGAUUUUCCUAAGUUUUCACAGUUGUAUAUCGUAGAUACAGAAAAUGUGAUUGAAAACAGAGAUGGGAUUCUGAGUAAAGCCAAAAAUUCAGGAAAAUAUAAAAAUAAACAUAAGCUAAGGCCAGAAGUGAUUGCUGCUAUAAUCAAGAUGUUAGACGUUGUGAAUCCUUAUGUUGAAAACUUUAGAUCAGCUAAGGAGCGGCUAGAUACUAAUCCUGAAGAAAGUUUUCACAUGAGAAUAGUCAGUGAUCGUUUAAAAGACGGACGAAACUAUGAUGUGCCGACAUCAUCAGAGGUUGCUGCAUUAAUUCCAGGAGACUUUCAUGUUGCAAUGCCUACUCGAGACAUCGUGAUUGAAGAGAAGUCAGGAGAAUUACAAAGAAUCAGUGAGAUACAUCCAGCCUAUCUUGCUCUACAAUAUCCUUUGUUGUUUCCAAAUGGUGAGGAUGGUUAUAGACCAGGAAUACUAAAAGGACCUGGUGGUUGCAAAAAAAAAUCAUAA